CCGCCUUUUUGACAUUGACAUUUGUUCGACUUCGAUUCCGUGAAAAUUCUCGUGAUUUUCGGAUCACGAUUUAUUAGUUUUAGAAUUAGUUUAUAGUGAGCAAACCGAAAAUGUCUAUAUUUGGCGAAAUGCUUCCGAUAAAUAAGCCUGAGGAGAAGUCGAACCAGGCUUCGGGGUCGAGCCUUUCGCCUUAUCUGAACUUCGAUCCUCACUACAUCCCUAAGAUGCAGCCAGAGUUCCUGUACCCUGAUGACAGUCACAUGGCCACCACUGCACGGAGGUCUAACGUAGCUCUCCCCAUCAUCGGAAUGUCUUUCAUGACCGGCUCAGGUCUUGGUGGUAUGGCUGGUUUUUACAAAGGCCUAAGAGCAACAACCCUAGCAGGUCAGACUGGCAAAGUACGGCGGACUCAAGUUGUCAACUAUAUCAUGAAACAAGGCACAUCAACCGGUUGCACCCUGGGCAUCAUCGCAUCCUUCUACUCAUGCAUCGCUCUCGGCGUGACCUGGGUACGCGACAAAGAAGACACCGGCAACACCUUCAUUGCUGCAGCUACCACCGGCAUGAUCUACAAGAGCACUUCAGGACUCAGAUCCAUGGGCCUCGGAGCGGCUGUGGGUCUAACCUUAGCAGGCAUCUACACACUCAUCACCGACAACGACAAUAUAUGGAGCAAAGCACGAUAUAACAGACUCUGAUCCAUUUCCGCCUGUUAGUUUUAUGUAAAUAGACUGUUAUUUUAGUUUUUACGUUAUGCAAUCAGCACCAAAGCAUCUGCCAUAUGGAACUUACUCAUGCCAUGUUCUGUAUGUUAGACAUGUGUAAUUGCUCAAUAUGAGGGUGAGAUUCCAUUGAAGUUCUUUUAUAUCUUGUUUUUAAAUAUAAAUUGUUUUAUCAUGUCCCCUCACAGCGAUAGAAAUUCAUAAUUAAUAAAAAAUUUAAGAAAUGUUUAUACUUCAAUAGAAUUUCAUCCUGUCCCUGUCUUGAUUUAUCCCCAUGUCGAAACAGGAGCAGCGUUAUACUCGUACAUAAGCCGAAAUAAAAAAUUGUUUGAAAAAUUAAAA